CCGAGAUCGACCACCUUGUUUGGGGCAAAAAGGAAGAAAAAAAAGACAUAAAAGACACAUUUCCUGGGGAAAAUCUCAAACUCUCCGAAAAGGGUCACUGAUGAAAUAGAAGGUAUAUAUUUAUAUCUAUCUAUCAAUGGCUGGAGCUGAAGGAUUCGUGGAAGCCGAUAAUGCAGAGGCCAUUAUCGCCAGAAUCGAACACAAAUCGCGCAAGAUCGAAAGCUUACUCAAACAGUAUAAACCCGUUGAAGCCCUUAAAACUGCACUUGAAGGCACGUAUGCUAUGACUAGUGAUGAGCGUUGCAAGUCAGCGCAUUGGAUUGCGGUGCAUAGAGCUUUAAUGGCUAUAAAAGACGUGGAUGGGAUGCUUUCUUCCUUAGAUCCUGAGUACUAUGAUAUCCUAAUGAAGUACCUGUAUAGAGGCUUAUCUACUGGAGAUCGUCCAACAUGCGACCAAUGUCUUAGGAUUCAUGAAAAAUUGACAGAGAAAGCUGGACUAGGUUGCAUUCUACGUUUCUUGACUGAUACUGUAAAUACAGUAUGAUCUCUGGAUCACCUUUUUACUUGAAAUUUUGUUUUUUUUUUUUGUUUUUUUUUUUUGUGUGUUUUCUUUGUGUGCUUGCAAGCAAGACUACAACAGCCAUUGUAGUGAAAUAUCUGGGAAAUAUACUAGUAUUGAAGUUUGGGUUCACCUCUCCUUCAUGUUGUUUACAAUUUAAGUGAGCUGAUUUUUUAACUUUCGAGACUUAUAGAAAACCUGCACGAUCUAAAAUGGAGCUUGUAACCUUAUACUCUGCUGCCAGUAUUCUCACAAUACAUAUGGACUAUCUCUUUUUA